AUAUCAAAUCAUCGUAAUGCAGUUAGUUGUCAGAUCAGUGAAUUACCACACGCAUCUCCAGAAAUUUAUUGAAAAAUUAAAUUAACAAAAAAAAUAAACAAAUUACAAAAUAUUAUUGAAAUAAAAUACUUCAGAAUGAAAGGAUUUGCAGUGAUUAAGCUCUUCGCCUUGGUGUCCAUUGCAACAGUGGUUUGCGCUGGACCCCUUCCCGGAAACUACGAUAUGGUUAUGGUCGAUGAUAAUCUACCCUCCGAAUCGAUACAAUUUCAAAAUUUCGAUACCUUCUACAAUGCAGAAUCGGAAAAUAAUCCAAUGUCGGAAUUGGAAAUGAUGGAAAGUCGAGGUGUGCCACACGUUGUGAGGCGUAAGGUUGCCUUUUUGAGGGCACCACAAGCUCUCAGUCAAAAGGAAAUUGCUGCUCGUGCCCAUGAUGAGGAAUUCGAUGUGGCUCGUGAGAAAAGGAACCAACGUUCGUUAGCAAAGGGUAACACCAAACCCAAUACAAAUGGUUUGGAAUGGGAGGAGUUUGAUUAUGAUGCUUAUGUGAAACAUUAAGAGAGGAGGAGGAUCGGCGAUGAUAAUCAUUGGAAAUGAUGAUGAACGGCAUAAUGAUGAAACGGACAAUGAUAUUGUAGAAUAUGCUUGACGUGGCAGAGGAGAACGUUGUUAUUGUGCUAUGGAGGUUUUCUGUUUUUUAUGAUUAUUUAUUUUUAUUAUUUUAUUUCUUGUUAUUUAAUAUUUAAGUUAAAAAUAGACUUAAGGCAACUUAAAAAAAAAUAAACAUUGGCAAUUACAAACAAACAAAAAAUGAAAAAAACUAAGA